AUGAUUUAAUUUUCAGAACUAAUCAGAAAAAAAACAUUAAAAGUGAAAAAUGAAUUUCUAAAUUUUUAAGCUUAGAGAGAACUUCCAGCUAUUGAUUCAAUUUUAGUUCUUCGAAUCAAAUUAGUAAUUUCAAUAGUCUGUAUGGAAGAUAUAAAUACUUGUUUAAAAAUAGCAUAAUAAAUUGAAUAUCUUGUUAAAGAACAAACUAAUACUAAAAGCUAAUAAUUCAAUAAUUUAUAAUUUAUAAACGGAUAAGCUUUAUCAAUUGUCUCUAAUGUUUCAUCUUAAACCCUUGGCUACAUCACUUAAAACAUAAAUGAUUAAUUUUGUGGUUUUUUUGGAUAUUAAAAUCUAAAUAUUCCUUUAACAAAAAUAGACUAAUUAUUACCGAUAAAAUUGGGAUAAAUACAUAAUGGUUUAAUUGAAUCUUACUUAUAAUAAGGAAAAACAAAUCGUUUAUAUGCAAAUUCAGAAUAAUUUAUACUAAAUGCUGAUAAUUUGAUUGAAAAAGUUAAUAUUUGUCUGAGUGCUUUAUUUCCAUAUUCUAAUGAUUAGUUUUAAUUUUUGAUAAUAGGACAUUUAUUAAAAAUGGUUAAAUAUGAUAAAAAAGAUAUUGAUUAAAGUAAAAGAGGAUAUAUUUUGGUUGACUCUGAUUUUCUCGUUUUUGGAAUAACUAGAAAUAUUUAUGAAAGAAUUAACUAUAAAUAUUAUUACAAAAAUAAUUAAAAUACUGAAUUCAUUUUACCAGAAGAAAUUUAUGAAUAAAUUACAAUAUAAGAAUUUAUUCCAUCUCUGGCUACAAUUUUAGAAGAGCAUUAUAGAUUAUUAACAAUAAAAAAUGAAAAAAGGGUUUUUAAAUAAGAUAUUAUUUGUCAGAGAGAAAUAGGAGUGUUAUCAGUUCCCUCUUAAAAAAAAAAUUAAUGUAAAUCUUCUCAAUUAAUUUCAACCAAAAAAUUUUCAAGCAAAUAAAUUUUGAAUAAUUUGAAAGAUGUUAAUGGUAAUAUAUCUAACAUGAAAACUUAACAUUCAAAAUUAUAUCCAAUAGAAUUCAGUGUAGUUUAAAAAGUUUUAUCUUAUUUCUCAAAAGAUACUAACUCUGAAUUUUUGUAUUUUGUAAUUGAAAUUGAUUUUUUAGAAGAUCCAAAACUAAAUUCCUCACCAUCUUAAUAAAUUGCAAAAACACCAGCUCUUUCUGAUAUUUUAAGGAGAUAAUAAGCUGUAUUAGAAUAAACAAGGCCAUAUUAAAAUAACAUUUUACUAUCAAAUGAUGGAGAAGAGGCAAUUGAAUAAAUAGAAUUAGUAGCUGAAAUGACUAAUACUGCUACAAAGCAUAGUUCAAAUGAAAUUAAUGAAUAAUUAGAGAAAAUUAUUGUUUAUAUGAAUGAUACAGUUCUACCUAAACCAAUCAAAGAUUUAAUUGCUCAUUUUCUCUUAUAAUUUUUAGUAUUAAUACUAAUCAUAAUUAUAAUAUCUAAUCUCUUUUUACAUAAAAAGAGUAUUUAAUCUAAUUGCAUCUAAUAAAUAACAUUAGAUUUGAAUUUUUUAGAUGCAUAUAGUUAAACUAUGUCAGGAUCUCGGCAUGUAAUUUAUUAUAGAGAUUUUUAUCCUAUUUAAAAUGAUACAAUUAUACCAUUUAAUAAUAUUUAAAUUAAUGUAAGUAGAUAUGAUAAAAUUUAUAUAGCUUGGCAACAUAUUGCAAAAGGAAGUAUUAGACUUAAUAAUAUGUAUUUAAAUUAUUCAAAAAUUGCUUAAUAAAGUGACAUCAAAAACAUUACUUUCUAUUUUAUAAACUUUGAUUUAAAAAGUAAAAUAUCUCAAACUCUCUAUGAUUACUCAACUUAUUAUCAAAUUAUGCAACAAUUAUUUUAUAUGUCUUAUUAAUCAUUUGCUUCCUCCCCUCAAACCUAUUUAUCAGGAAGAAACGAUUCUUACAUGACUUAAAUUGCUAGAUCAUAGGUUUAUUAUAACUUUUUUGAUGUUAGCGAAAGUGCUAAUAAAACUCUAGAAGAUUGUCAAAUUUAUAAUAUAGAAAUGAAUGAUUAUUUUGAUUAGAUUGUCAAUUAUUAUUUUUUAGGAAUGUACUUAACAAUUAUUCUCUAAUUAAUAUUCUAAAUAAUUAAUUAUCUAAAAGUAGUUCAUACAAUCAAAGUUUAUUUGAAGCUAUUUAAAAUGUUAGAUAAAGAAGAUUGUAUUCAAAUUUUACAUUCAUGUGAUUAAUUAAUAAGUAUGGUAUCAUAUAACAGAAUCUUUUUAAGGUAGAAAGAUUAUAAAUUAAUUUUGAAUUUACCUUAAUUCAUAUUGGAUGAUGUUAGAAAAAGUUCAAAUAGAGCAACGGUGGUAUUUGUUAAAAAAAAAAGAAUUAACAAUAAACAAUUUUAAGAAAAUUCUAACUAUUCAAGCUAUUGUUCAAUAGCUAUAAUUUUCUUAUUUUCAAUAAUUAUAAUUGCAUAUAUAUUUGCUUUUCAUUUGUAUUAUCUAUAAAUAACUAAUUCUAUAGGGCCAAUAAGUAAUAGGGCAAUUUUAGCCUAAAAUAAUAGGUUGAAUUUUAUUGUUGCUACAAAUCGAAUCGAUUUAUUUUUAAUAAAACAAUAUUUUGAAACUUAUGCUCUUAUUAAUGGAUCUGACCCAGGUCAUCAAAUUAUGAGUAGAAACAUUCAAACAGAUACUUUUAUAUUGAAUUUAUUAAAUUUAGAUGAAGAAUUAAUUUAAUAAGAUAUUUCAAGAUUAAAAAUGAUAGAUUUUACUAGUUUAAUACUAAAUAAUGAAUAAUCAAAUUCAGAACUUAGUGAUAUAUAAUGGAAAUAACUUUUAGGAUAAGAUGUUUGUCUUUUAACAGGUUGUGAUAUGCAAAGUCAAUUAUUUUAUGAUAGGUUACAUUAAAAAGAAUUAAUUCCACUUUUUUAAGCAGGAAUUGUUAAUUUGUAAUCUAAGGUAUUAUCUUUUGUAGAAGGAGCAUCUUAUUUAAUUUUCAAAAAUAAUUAAUCUUAUUUAUAGAAAGCACUUGCAAUACAGAGUAUUCUUGAUGAUAGUGAAUAUCUUAUUUAUAUAUUAUGGGGAAUCGAUAUUAUUUAAUUUCAAAUAAGCGAAUUUAGUUAAUACUUUUUAGAUAUAUCUUAAUAAACAAUAGAUAGAUUAACAAGGUAUAACUAAGCUUUUAUUCUAUUAAUUGGAAUGCUUAUAUUAAUCUUUGUUUCAACAUUUCAAAUCUUUUUUGGAUAUUAUUAAUUCAAACGAUAUGUACUUUCUAAAGCAAUAAUUAAAUCUAUACCAUUACCAAUCUUGUUUUCAAGAAAUAUUCCAAAGCAUUUAGAAAGCUUUCGAAGAAAAUAUGAAAAAUGA